AGGCCGUUGAGUCAUUCCUGUCUCAACGUACUUGACAUCCAGGAAGAGUGAAAAUACAGCCAUCCUUUGAGCGUGGGAGAAGAUUAGCUGGGUUUGUACAGUGUAACCCGUCUGCGGACCCAAAAAGAGGACAAUGAUGGUAUUUGAAUUAUGGCUAAGGCAAGGUGUGCUUGUGCUCAUGCUGAGUCUACAUGGAGUCAACAUGGAGCACCUCCAAGCUGAGAACUUGCAUCUCCUACCUCUUGAUCAGCACAAUGUGGUCCUGAACCAGGGAAUGAGAGUGCUGCCAAGGGACUGUCAUGAAAUGCUGGUGACCUCUUCAGGUAUUGCCAGAGAUGGGGUCUACCUAAUCCAACCUCGGGACACCCCCAUUGUGGCGUACUGUGCCAUGCAGGAGGGCGGCUGGACCAUUGUGCAGCACAUCACCGUCAACAGCAGCGUCAGUUUUGACCGCGUCUGGGCUGACUACAAGCACGGCUUCGGGGACAUCACAGGAGAUCACUGGCUCGGAAACGAAUACCUUCAUCAGCUCACAGGAGGCCCGGGGCACUACACACUUGGAGUCAAACUAGUGGACCGAGAUGCCGUCACAAAGAUGGGAGAGUACGACCCUUUUCUGGUGGAGGAUGAAUCAUCGGCAUACAGGCUGAGGCUGGGGUUGUUCCAGGGCACAGCUGUGGACGCCCUCACCUUGGACACGGAGAACUACCUGCACGACAACCAGAAAUUCACCACAAAGGACCGAGACAACGAUAACUACUUCCAGAACUGUGCCAAGCUGGAGUUCCAGGGGGUGGCCGGAGGGGGUUGGUGGUACGACGCAUGCGCGGGUGCCAAUCUGAACCGCAGGAAUGUCAUCUACUGGCAAAAAGACUGCAACAAGGAGCGGCUGUGCAAGUAUGCAUGGAUGAUGGUCAGACCCUCACACACUCCUAAAGUCGUUCACAGUAAAGACGAGCUAUAAGGACACUUUCCAUCAAGGGUAAACUAGCGACACAAGCGUCAACUCCUAAUAGAUGAUAAAAACACAUUUAUUUAGAAAAACAUGAUUGAACAUGAUCAAGAUAUACAGAAAAUGACAACAAUGUUUUGCCUGUACAUAAAUGUACAUUGCAAAGUGUAGGCUCCCAGAAUUUCACCAAAAUACUUGGUAACGUGUUUGGCCACAAUACUUCAAAAUGUUCUAGAUGAUAAUGAAAGCAUAGAAAAACUAGAACAUUUCAGUAAUCCAGUACUAAAAUAAAAUAUACUGAGGAACAGUUGUCAAAGUGUGAAACCAGCCUCCCCUGGGAGGCGCCAGAGGACCAUCAACAGGCACAGCAGCUUGAGAACACUAUUUGGGUGGUGUUUUUAAAAUUGCCUUGAAAUGUAUAUACUGUAAGGUUAAUGGGAGGAAAUCAUGUUUUACCAUCUUUUACAGCCUAGCUGGACAAAACAAGAUAUUCAGAACAGCAGCAAUAUUAGCUACAACAUACUUGCCAACCUUGAGACCUCCGA